AUGAGCUUCUCACUCAAGUUCUCAGAGCUGGUCAACAUCGCCAUCCCGCAGUGCGGGGUGGUGAACUUCAAGGCCCUGCACUUCCUGCUCCAUGGGAUCCUGGAGCACAUCCACAUGGCGGAGCUCGAGAAGGACCUCUCGGGGGAUGAGGACUUCCUCCAAGCCUCUGUGUCAGUCACGUUCCCGCCACGGGAAGGGGACACCCAACCCACCCUUAGCCCCCUGAAGAGGCUCGGCAACAUCUUCGACCACCUGGUCAGCCGCGUGGACAUGCUGGAGAGCCAGCUGGCCGCCCUGAGGGACGUGCCGUCCACCGCCCAGCUGCUGGAGAGCAGCCAGGGCACCAGGCAGCCCGCCCAGGAGCUGUGGAACCUGAUCAGGCUCCGGAAGAAAGUGGAGGGCAACGAGGAGGCUGUGGCCAAGUCCAUAAGAACCCUGCAGGAUUUGCUCACGGACAUUUAUGCACUGAAGGUCUCCGUUGAAACCCUCAGGAAUGAGGUGGCCAUGCUGAAAGACGUGUUUGAGAAGAUCAGUCCGCAAAGAAUAGACGCCUUCUCAGAAGAUUUGAGAGGGCAGAACCGGAAGAUGAGUGUGCUGCAGCGGGAAGUGACUUCUCUCCAGAGCAAGGUGACCGCCAUCCCCAAACCUGAGGACCUGGUGCUCUGGAGCAGUCUCCACGAGGCCAUGUUCAUCCCGGGAGCUGCUCCACAACUGCUGGGAGACUCCGACCUGUGGCGGAUCUCGGAGCUCGCCUCAGAGACCACCGUUGCUCAAACAGCCUCGGACCAUGGAGGAGGGGGUCUCAGGCACUUUUCAGAGGCCAUCCAGCACCCCAGGUUCCUGGAGACCAUCUGGCAGUACCAGAGCCUGGGCCUGGGCCUGGGCCUGGGCCUGGGUCUGCGCUGGGACCCAGGCCUGCGCCUGGACCUGGGCCUGGGCCUGCGUUCGGACCCAGGCCUGCACCUGGACCUGGGCCUUCAUCCGAAGCUGGGCCUGCGUUCGGACCCGGGCGUGCUCCUGGGCCUGGGCUUUCAUCCGAAGCUGGGCCUUCACCCGAACCUGGGCCUGAGUUCGGACCCGGGCCUGCUCCUGGGCCUGGGCCUGCGUUUGGACCCGGGCCUGCACCUGGACGUGGGCCUUCAUCCGAACUUGGGCCUGCGUUCGGACCCGGGCCAGCCCCUGAACUGGAACCUGCCCCGGGCCUUCAACCCACACCAUCAGGAUCCUGGACUGUUCCGGGGCCUCAGGGCUCCACCCCCAGCCAUGGAGCUGGGCUCAGGUUGGCCUCGUUUGCAGCGGUCCAUGUACCGCCAGGGAGACAUGUCCAAGCUCUCAGCUCUCUCAGAAAAGGAGGAAUACUCCUCCAUGGAAAGGGGAGGCCCUCGGGACAGAGCCCUGAGAGCUGAGGUCCCCCCAGGAGGCCUCCCUAAGGGAUUCCGGUCUGCCGUUCAGCAGAUGAAACCCAGCGCUGCCCUCACAGCCGCGGCCGCUGCCUCCUACACCUCUGAUGUGGCCGCAUCGGCGGCCCGGGCAGCCAAGGCCGCGGCCAAGCUGACCAAGGACGCCCCCGCCACCAAACUGGCCACUGUAGCAACCGCCACAGCCUCAGCCGGGCCCUUAGGGGUCCUUGCAGAGUUUCUGGAUGCGGGGCCCUCGCAUGGGGCCUUCCCCGGGGACGAGAUGGAAGACUUGCUGGAGGUGGAGUAUGAGGACUUGCUCUCUCCUUCAUUCUCUUCUGUCUUCGUCCCUCCCAACACGGCCCUGUCCCAGGCCAUGCUGGCUGCCAAACAUGCCACGACCCCCGAAGACAAGAAGAAGGCUGUCAGGUAUUCCAUGAGCCACAUAGCCCAGAUGCCCGUUAGACACGACACCCUGAAAGAAGAGUUUGCCCAGCUGUCAUCUAACCUGCAGCAGCGUAUGACUUAUCUAGCUAACAUGGGAGCCUCUUCCAAGCUUGGGUCCACAGUGGACAUCUUGCAAGAAAAGAUUGGCAACCUCCAGAAAUCCAGGAUGAAGGAGGAGGAACUUGAGAGAGUUUGGGGCCACCAGAUCGAGAUGAUAAAGGACCAUCACGUCGUGCUGGACAGGGCAGUGAACAGGCUCCAGAUUCGCCUAGAUGAGUUAAAGGUUGUCUAUGCUCAACUAAGAAACCUAGAAAUGUACAAGGCAGACAGAAAUGAGAUGGAGCAGGAGUUGAAAGAGAAGGCCGACAAGAGCUCCCUGGCAGGCAAGGCAAGCCGGGCUGACCUGGACACAGUGGCCAUGCAGCUGAAUGAAUUGAUUCAGGGCAUGCUCUUCAGGGUGGUUGCCAAUGAGGAUGACUGGAAGAAGGCUGUGGAGCAGCUGGACAAAGACGUACGUACCAAGCUGGUUCCCAGCGAUUUGGAUGAUCUGAAGAAAGACAUGGACGAGGUCUGGAAAGUUGUCAGGAAGCUGCUGACUGAGGGCCUCCACUUUGACCCCGACAAUGCUGCCGGCUUUAGGAGGAAACUGUUUGAGCGGGUGAAAUGCAUCUCCUGCGACCGGCCCGUGGAGAUGAUGACCAGCCCGCAACUCAUCACCGUUCGCAACACCCACCUGCUGCCAGGGCUGCGGCCGGCCAGCGCCAACAGCUACGAGUACCUGCAGCGCCAGCAGAUGAGGGAACAACAGCAGCUGCAGAAACUCCAGAACCUCGGAGCCCCUGAGGGGAGCCUGGACUCACUGGGCCCCCCGCAAGACUGGGGUGACGGCCCCAGAAAUGACGCCAACCUCAAGUUCAAGCCAUACGGCUUGUCGACACUCUACCCCUACGGGGACCCUGAGCUGUUGGACUAUGACUCCGCCGAGGUGGACCUCCUGGGAGUGGACGGGAUCCUCUACAAGGGCCGAAUGACAGGCAAGGACAGGGCGCGGCCGCUGACUGGCACAGAGAAGGAGGUGGCAGCUGUGAAGGUCCCACAUCCCCCGGCCCGAAGCUCGUAUGAGGGUGCGCGCCCGAGCACCCUAUUUGGUGCCAUCUACUCCGCCCUGCCCCCCCGCGCCAGCAUGGGCUCAGCCGCCUCGGGCCCUCUGCCGACGAUGCCUGCUCGGCCUCCGUCUCCCCCGCCCGUGCUGCUGCUGCCACCGCUGACACCGUCUCUGCAGGACCCCCAGCCAGUCCCAGGGUCUGCCAGGCACCCACGGUUCCUGCGUCUGGAGUCCCGAGCCAGCCUGCAGUCCUCCAAGGAGCCCAGCAACCCGACUGCGUCCAAAUGAAGCCGAACAUUUCCUGAGCCCCCUGACCUACGCCGCCUUGGGGGAUACCGGCCAGUGCAGCCCUGGCCCCACCCCCGUAGCAGAGAUGAGUAUUUUUAUCAGCUUCUCCCCAGAAUAAAACCUUUUACUUUUCGGACUGUGGAUGAGGGUGACUGGCCCCAUGCCCUCUGUGGUGGCUGGCCUUGCCCGUCCCUCGGGUGGGUGGGCCUGUCAGCCCCGCUCCGGCCACCACCCCGCUGGGGCGGACUCUCCACAGAGAGUCGUGGCAACCCUCCCCUGCCCCAUCACACACGGCCCCGCGGCACAGUGCCCCAUGCAGCCCCGGCCCUGAGUGGUGGGCAGAGCGGGGCCCCGGGCAGAGGCCGUGGUGUGACUUACCCAGGCUCACACGAUAAGGCCGUGCUUCCUGGGUGCUGGACGCCAGUGUGAGGAGUCCAACUUCGAACACCUCUCACGUGUGGCCUGGGCUCAGGCCAGAGGAGAGGUGGGGGCCCCAGGGAAGCACCUGAGCCAGGCGCGGUCAGGCUUGUGUCCUGCCGCCUCGACCUGUGGGAACUCACAGCAGCCGAGCCCUGCUCUCUCAGCCCCCGGUAGCUGCCUUCCAGCCCGUUUUUCCAAUUUACCAAUGGAGUCAGUGCUUGAGUGGGCUCCUGCAGCCCACGGAUGGAGGGGUGGGUCAGGUAGGGCCCUGAGUAACCGUGUGCCCCGGGAUAGGUCUCCUGGGUGCUUGGGAAGGAGGGGGGCGGUGAGCCCCCCCUGCAGCCAGCCGGGAGCAGUCUUGAAGAUGACAGUUCUGUCCCCUGUGGGGGCUGGUGGGGAAGCCAGCCUUUGGCCUGAUCCCAGGCGGGAGUUGGAGGCAGAAUCCUUGCCGAGGAGAAGGGCAGAAGCCCCCUCCCCUGUCCCAGCCCCGGAGGUGGGGGACCUGCUGGCCUUGGUGGCUGGGAGGGCGGUGCUGCACCUCUUCCUGGGACUGAUGCUCAGCAGGGUGCCCACCCCAGCAGGAGAAGGUGCUUGGGGAGUGGGUGAGACCGGGGCUGGGGUCAGUAGAGGGGUCAUUUUUGAAGGCCCCGGGUCCCACCUCCUCCUCUGCUGGGGGACCACAGUUCCUGGCUGGGCCAGGCUGCACAAGGAGUGGCGUGACCGGCUGUCCUUGUCUGCCUUCGAGUGAAGGGGGAUCCCUGGAACUUUCUGUUUUAAGGCUCAGAUGAGGGGAUUCCCUGGCGGGCCAGUGGGUGGGACUCCAGGCUUUCACUGCCAAAAGCCCGGAUUCAGUCCCUCCUUAGGGAACUUAAGAUUCCACAAGCUGUGUGGCGCAGCAAAACAAACAAACAAAUUUGCUAGGUUUCAAUGUUUCAGGAAUGCAAAUUCCCCAUAAUGGCUAUUUUGUUGGUGUUGUUGCUAUUAAAAAAGCACAUUAAAACUUGCCUCCCUGGAGGUCCAGUGGUUAGGACUCCAGGCUUUCACUGCCAAAGGUUCCAGGUUCAAUCCCUGGUCGGGGAACUAAGAUCUCCAAAGCCUUGAGGCGCGGCAAAAAAAAAAAACAGACUGAGAUGAAUCAGCCCUGUGGAGAGGGAGGUAUGUGGGCUGGCCUGGCAUGAGGGGCACAGAUGAGAUGGCUCUGGCCAAGCAGAGGGCCUUAUGUCAGGGUGUUGCAUGGUGACUGCUCUGCACCCUAAACCCAGCCCCACAACCCACCAAAUGCAAAUGAAAGGGUCACCGAACGUUUUCUUCCUUUCAAAGACCACAGACUCAUUAACCCUAAGGUAUGCACAACUGACGACAGCAAACGUGUGUCCUGAACAAGAUGGUCUGCCUUGGAAAAGGCACCACCAGGACCGCCCCCCCCCUUGUGGCUCAGCUGGUAAAGACUCCGCCUGCAACGUGGGAGACCUGGAUUCAAUCCCUGGGUUGAGAAGAUCCCCUGGAGAAGGGAAAGGCUACUCACUCCAGUAUUCUGGCCUGGAGAAUUCCAUAAACUGUAUAGUCCAUGCGGUCACAAACAGUCAGACACGACUGAGGGAUUUUCGCUUUCAGGACCCCAAAGCAGGCCGCCAGGGGGCACUGGAGGGAAGGCCUUCUGUGCAGGGAUGUCUUAGGGGCACAUGGGUCUCCCUGGCACCACUCCCUUGGCUGGCUUGAGCCCUGACUUUCCAUGGAUUCGAGAGCUCUAGACAGAGACCCUCCAAACACACACAACCUCCAGAGAAGGGCUUCUCUUCUCUCUCCCCUUCCUCUUGCUCUCAACUUUCCCUAGAUCCAUAGAAAAUGAGCCCCCCACCAAACAUCUGCACCUCAUAUUUCCCAGGAGAUGAGAAAUGGCCAGAAAGCCAAGCAGAACUCUGCCAGCAGGCUCCUGGUGCCUCAUGCUGGGUUGCCGACAGGCCUCGGCCAUCCAAGGAUUGGGCCCUCCCUCACCCUCCCCAGCAGGACCCAGCACCCUUACACCCCUAAAAGAGCUGCGUUCUUCUAAGACUUACUUGAAAUACUUAUAUUUCCCAAACAUCAACUGUGGCUAAGCAACCGGAGACCUUUCCAAAUGCAGGAACUGGAAAUAGCCCUUGCCUCAAAAGAUCUCCUUUUGGCCAACCCGGGCGGCCUCCCCAACACAGACACCAGGAGGAACUGGAGUCAAAGCCCUCAUCUGUCCUCAGAGGAGUCCGGCUAUGAAAAGACCCUCAGAGACCUCCAGGGCCACAGCGGCCCCGCCAGCUGCCGGGCUGGGGGGCAGUCUUGGGAGCUGCGUGGUUUUCUGCUUCGGCCACAGUGUGUUCUCAGGGGCCCUGAGUGUCUGCCUCCAUCCAGGGGAGUCUCAGAACAAGCCCUUCUCUUCACAGCUCUGAAGGAGGCGCCCUGCCUGCCCGCAGAAAGCAUUUCAGAGCCUCCAUUCACCCCUCCGUUCCCCCCUGCCCCCACAGUGCAGGACAUCUACUUUCACAGAUGCUCCUGGGGAAGAGCAAACCUCCUUCAGAGACGCCAGCGGACUUGAGGUGCGAGGCGGAUGCAGCCGCCAUGGUGGCCAGAGGGGUGGCUGGCCAGCCAGGGCCAGGCUAGGAGGCGUCCCCGCCAUGAUGGGUCAACUUCAACCAGCUGUGGCCUUAAGGGAACUUGGGCCAGAUGUGACAAACGUCCAAGGUAAGCCGGAAGUGGAGCUUUUCAUGUAAACUGAUUUUAGAGUGCUGGCAGACAAAGCCCAACGGCACACACCAGGGGCCUCCAAGUCUGCAAACCCCUAAGAUGGCCGUGCCUGAUCAUUUAACAGGCUUCCCAGGAGGUGCUAUUGAUAAAGAACCCGCCUACCAAUGCAGGAGACAUGAGCGAUGCGGGUUCAAUCCCUGAGUCGGAUGAUCCCCUGGAGGAAGGCAUGACAACCUACUCCAGUAUUCUUGCCUGGAGAGUCCCACGGACAGAGGAGCCUGGUGGGCUAGAGUCCAUAGGGUUGCAGAGUCGGACACGACUGAAGUGACUUUGCACGUGUGCACAAUCAUUGAACAACAGGGCCCACCCACAUCAAGUCAUAUGGGGAGGCCAGGCCUCCAUGCCCAUCUGCAGUCGUGUCCCCUCUUCAGAAAGGAGAGCUCCAGUCACAUUCUUCCCAGGAACCUCUGGGAUGCAAAUGGUGUUUUCAGAGUGGAAUUUUUGGAAACAAAGUGAUGGAGCUCAAGUCUGGUGGUCAGGUGGGUGGUGAUGAAGCCCAGAGGCUGGUCUUCUCCAUGUGUUGUUGAGGCGGCUCCCAAGAAGUGCUGAAAGGGACAGCUAAGAAUGGCUGUAAAUGUGACUCUGUUCCGUUUGUACCUCAUCUUUGCAUUUUAGCCAGUUUACACUUGAACGUGUGGUAAGAGGUGGUUACUGACUCCUCCGGUCUUGCUUCUGAGCCUCCAGGCUUGGGGAAGUUGAAGUUUCAGGUUCUGUGUUGCCCUUGAGUUCCAUCCACGGUGCUUGACAUCUACAUGGGCCCACCUCUGCCUCCCCUCGCGUUUCCCACCCCCUUUUGCAGCCCUUUGCCUGUCUGGGAGAUGCUCAGCUGCAGAGGAGGGAGGGUGUGCGUGGGGCUUCCAGCACACCUAGUAGGGCCCGGGCACUGCCUGAAAGCUCCAGCCCUGCCCUCUGCUCCCUCCUGCUCUGGUUUCCAUUGUGUCCCGGGCCCUUGUUAGAAAUCAGAUUCCUUGCCCCAAGCAUCCAUGGGACACUUGUGCUCUACAGGCUGGAGGGUCACAAGUCUAGUGGGCUCCCAGUUGCCACAAGGGGCUUGUGUCCCAUCAGUUAUUUUCCAUCAGUCACCUGGAAGCUGCUCAAGAACAGCUAGGACUAAGUGACGUGCUGUAAUUUACCCUUUUAAAGUGUAUGAUUAAAAAAAUAAUGAAAUGUAUGACUGAGCGGCUUUUAGUACAUUCACAAGUUGAUCACUAAUGCCCUAGGGAAUGUUUAAAACUGCAUUGUCAGGACCCCACCCCAGAGACCAAUGCUGUGGGACCCCAGGGGCUGCGCAGAGGCCCUGCGGCUCUCUGCUGGGGCGACUCUGCCUGCAGACACUUCUGGUUGUCCUAACUGGGUGCUUCUACUGGUUCCAACUCGUGGAAAGGGGUCAGGGGUGCUGCACAGGAUGCCCCAGUGUCCAGAAUGCCCACGCUGGAAAAGCUGCAUCUACAGGAAACUUAAGUCCUUCCAGGACCUCCUCCUGGGGCCUCCAGGCCCAGCCCCUAGUGGCCUCUGGAGACAGAAGUGGGCUUGGUCAGGUUGGGACAUUCUCACCCUUGAAUGUCCAUGGGGCAUGUGAGGAUCCUCUUCGAAGCAUAUUCUGAUUCAGGUCUGGGCUGGGGUUAGAGAGGAGGUCCCGCAUCUCUGACAAGCUCCCAUGGGACAUGGCUGGUCUGAUGACCACACUUUUGAGGAGUUGAGGGUGUGGUUCCCACAGGCCACUCUGAGGCCUGCCUGGGAGGGAGCCUGAGUGGACAUUCUGGACUGUGCACCCUCUCACUUGGCUCCAGUGGGUAUGGCCGCCUCAGUCGCCUACCCACUGGGGAGCUCACACUCACCCCCAGAAGCACUUCCUUGCCUCUACAUGUGUUUCCUGCACUGGGAAGGGGGUGUGGCAGCUUCCUGAGAACUGUCUUCCCUCCAAAGGGAUGAGGGAGCUGCAGUGAAGGCUCAGGAGCUCAGGACAGCCUCCUCCCUCUCCCCAGAGGCACCCCGGGCAGAGCCGCGCCCCCCGCCCCCCGGAGGCCGUUAGAAGGGUGGGCUUCACGGCGAGGACACGAGCAACAGCUGCAGUGGGGGUGCUGCAGUCAGUCAUGUGACCAGUGGGGGCCUCCAGUGGUCCAUAAAGGCUGUCCAGACCCCGACAGGGCAGCAGUCGGCUGCAUGGUGACCCCAGGGAGCGGGAGCGGGGCUGCCGUUGGCAGGUUCUGAGGCGCCUGCCAGGCAGAUCUUCCAGAACAGAACUCUCCACCCCAGGCACCAUCCAGUGGGCCGAGUGGGGUAGGCCUCCUGACUAGGGAGUCAGGCCACUGGUGACCAUCUGCAGGGGCCCACACCCCCUUGCUCCCCCAAGUUCUAGCUCCUCACCAAGGGGUGCAAGAGCUAGGCUGCCUUCUCCCAAAGCUGCCCCAGGGACGCUCGCCCUUCCCUGGUACAGGCUGUCCAAGGCAGUCGUGCCCGGCUUCUCCCUUAAGAGGAGUAGGUGCCUGCCCAGCCUGGUGUGGGAGCAGCUGGGGAUCCACUGUCUGUUGCCCCUGAGUGGUUUGUCUCCUUGGCAACCAAAGGUUUGAGCUGCAGCUUGGACUCUGCCCAGCCUCAUCCGGUCCCUGUUGCUGGCCCACGGGCUCUGCAUCCAUGCCUGCUAUCUUACCACAGGGGAUGUGGCCUGCACCUCCCCCAGGGAAGGGCCCUGCCCCACCCACUGUGACUGCCGGAGGUGGGGCUGAGGGUCCAGCCUGCAACUGACCACUGGGGCCCUAAAGACAGCGAGAAAAGUCCUUGUGUGAAACCCAGGCAGACCGGAAGGCAGCUGUUAGCCCUGGAGGUCGGGACCUGUCCAGUCCGACAGGGGGAAGGGUGAGCAGACAGAGGCAGGGGUUCUGGGAACACAGGGCAGGAACUAACUUCAUGGGAAAAGCCUGGGGUGGGCAGGAAGAUUCCGGAGCACGUUGUGGUUGAAAAGACAGCGACAGACAGGAG